AUGGCAAACAUAGGCAAGGUUUUGGCUACAAUCAAGGCGGUCAUCACUCGCCUAGUGUUCGCGUGCCACGGGAUCAUUGCGAUCUGGCAGGUGACGUUCUUCAAAGACAACCUGGAGUAUUGGUACUUAGCUACGCCUAUUAUAUUGUUAAUCUUUGAGGGCGUUUUUACACUGACGAUAAAAGAAAAUCAAGAAUGGAAAUGGUUCUGUCCAUCAGUUUUCAUCUACCUCAUUCUAGUAGUUCCGGCGAUAUGGCUGCUGGAACUGCACAAGGUGGAUAUGCGCUUGCAGAAGAAGACAAACCUAACUUAUAUAGAAACCGAGAUACCAAUUCCUGUGGCCACGAAGUUAUCGACAAACAUGUGGGUAACGCUGAUUGAACAGUUUCUGAUGCUGACCCUCAUCGUGGGAAGGUGGCUACUGCCCAAGGGUGAUCUGACCAGAGACCAGCUUAGUCAAUUGUUACUUGUUUAUAUUGGUACAGCAGCUGAUAUUAUCGAGUUUUUCGAUUCAUUCAAGGACGAGAAAGUAGCGAGUGAAAAAGUCUUGGUACUUUUGACGUUGGCGAUUUGGUCGUGGUCGCUAGUACAAUUCACGGUCGUACUAACAGCGACCAAGUCUAGGAAAACACGCGGAACCGCUCAUAGGUCUGACAUGUACGUAUGUGGUGCACGCAUGCACGCACACUGCAUUACGGCGUGCUGUUGCUCCAUCGAAGUAUGUGCUAUAAUAAUGAACAUAGCGUUACAAGAUGCUCCAUUCUUAGCGUUCAGACUUCUCAUCAUCGCGCACUACAAGAUCAUCAAUUAUAUGAACAUAUUCUUCACUUGUAAGAAUACUUUGGUAAUAUUGCUACAAAUAUAUCGUUUGUAUGUCUUAUAUCUGGAACGCGUUGAAGAGGUCAACGGAGGGUCAGUAUACAAAAAGAGACGGAAGAAUAAAUCUAGUGAUAGGAAAGAAAGAGACAAAAAACAUAGAGAUAAAAAAGUAAAAAAGAACAAGAAGAGGCAUGAAAUUGGUGAAACAUCCAUAUCGGUGAUAAGCGAUCCCAAAAGACAAGACAGAGUCGAAACUGGGAGAAUCCGAGCGAUUAUAUUAACAAAUACCGAUGAAAUCAAAGAGUUGGAGUUAUCGAAGUUCUUCAAAGAUCAAGUGAUUAUUGAAAAUGAAAAGAAAAAGGUGCGGCGGGAGAGCCCUAAACGGAGCCCUAAGCGGAGCCCUAAAAGAGAGAAGAAUAAACGGAGAGAAAAGAAGAAGAAAAAGCAAGAAUCGAGCGAGAGUUCUGACAGUUCAAGUUGA